UGGAAAUGCUUCAACCCUCGACGGUGCAUUCUGACACAUCUGAUCCUUUGACGUCAAAUUACAAAUAGCUUGUUAUCCCUUCCACCUACAUUGAACCUCAUGUUUGCACAAUUUGAGUAUUACCUUCUUCCGCAGCUGAUCGGAAUCCUCUUCAAUGUGGGACUACAGUCUGCAUUGACGGUGCAAACUUUUUAUCUCGUAUGUAUUUACGAGUGGGUCCAGACUGGAUUGGUGGUUGUGUACGUUUUUGCGGAAGUAUCGGACAGCGUUGCGGGCUAUCUCUUGGGCAUUAACGAUGUAUGGGUCAUCGUUUACAUCAUGUGUGCUCUCCAAUCAGCCGCGGUGCAAACCUAUUUUGCUCGCCGCGUCUAUAUCCUUUCGCAAUCGCGCAUAAUCACAGGAUUUGUCAUUGUGGUGGCAUUAGCACAGAUGUGCUGCGGGAUAAUCGCCGCCGACAGCGCGCUCAAGGUUUUGAAUAAUUACUUCGGCAACGACAUACCAGACUGGAAUGGUACAACUAUUUCUUGGCUUGUUGGAAGCACCUUAGCCGACGUGACAAUUGCCCUAACGCUCGUCAUUUUGUUCCAUAAAAUGAAGAAUGGGCUGAAGCAGACUGAUAUUCUCAUGAAGCGUCUAGCUCGUGUGGUCAUUGAAACGGGCACACUGACGGCCACCACCGCCAUUGUCAUUCUCGUUCUUUUCAUCAAAGAACCUGUAGGUGUAGUAUACGUUAUCAUCGGCCAUCCGCUGAUGAUCAUAGUCGUACAGUUGUGGGCAAUAUGUCCAAUGCUCUUUUUCUCAAAACUGUACGCCAAUUCGGCAUUGUUCACCCUGAACAACCGUGCCAUCAUCAACUCUGCGCAAGGCGAAGACGGAAGAAACGCCAUCGUGCUCAUCCCGACUGUCCCCCACUUGCAGAAUAACAAUCGUCCACUGGAAAUUGUGGCAGAUGACCAGUACAGCCCGACUGUCAUCUCUAUCGUUCUGGAAGAAGACGUCUCCACCAGCGCGGUCAAGUAUGAGGAAAGUGUAUGAUUCGCCGCGUAGUAGGAAGGCCGACUGCAAUCGAUGACACGACACAGCGCUAUAGACCCACAGUGGGGGUGGAAACAGUGUCGUGAUCUCCCCUGGACAGAUUCGAUGAUUCCUUUCGACCUCCGCAGGCUCCGUAUAUCCUUGUCUGACGAGUACUGCCGCAUGCUUCUUGUAAUUUAUUUGUCUGUUUGUGAGAUGUGCAUUGAUGUGCCAGGUCCGGGCAUGCCGAUAAGCUCUAGUUUUAGUGCAUAAGUGCGCCGCUUCCUCCAGGAUGAUUGAAUUUAGUACCUCAC